GAAUAUCAUAUUGGUUCCACGAGGAUAAGUUUAUAAACCAUUUCGUUAAAGUUAUAAUUUCUCUUUAUUAUACAAUAUUAUUCUGACUCGCGGUGGUCGCUGAUAAUCGUACAUUCGUAGGGUACUUGAAUCGAUAGUUGACACCUACAAUCAGAUCGAGCCUAUUGAUGAGUUAUUGUUGGGAAAUAAGGAAUUAAUUUGGAGUGAGGAUAGACCAAUCUUUUAGCGUUUCAUCGUUUGUGAGAUCUACACAGCGUGCUCAAAAGAUAUUCGUAUACUCCUUCCCAACAAACUAAAAGAUUGGCUACGUACGAUUCAUUAUGCCGGGCAGUACGAGAAGCACUCGCAGUCGUAAGGUAAAAACCCACUGCCAAGCGUGCAAGGAACCCGAUACCGAUCGGAUGGUCAGUUGUGGUCAUUGUGGAUCAUGGUGGCAUUACGCGUGUGUGGGUGUUAAUGAGAGCAUCGCAGAACCCGAGAGAACGUUUACAUGCCCGAUAUGCCAAAAACCAUCGGCACAAAUUCCAGUUGGUGGAUUUUCUUCUAGUAGGGCCAGCAGUAAAGCCAGCUCAACGUCUACAACCGCCAGCUCGCGAGCGAAGAAAGCUCGUUUACAGCUCGAGCGUCUCGAGGCCCAAAAAGCUCUAGCGAUGAAGCGAAUAGAGCUGGAACGUCGAGAGCAGGAUCGGAGGCUGGAGCAACAAAAGAAGGAGGCUGAGACGUUAUUGCAGCUCAAGCUGGACCAAGAACGACAACGGAAGAAUGCAGAACUGGAAAAAUUGCAGCUGGAAAUGGAGCAAACCGUUAUGAACGAAUCAUUUCGGCUGCGGGAAAUUAUCGAAACCGAGGACAACGACGAUGACGGCGGCAGCAGAGUAUCGGAACAGAGUUCUAUCAGCAAGGUUGAGAGGUGGAGAAUUAUGAACUCGACGAUGAAGACUAUGGCGGAGAAAAACCCAACAGACCCAGGUAACGAACAAGUAACAGCUACGACAGGGACACUAGCCAGGCAGGACAGUUCAGGACAACCAACUAGCGAAACAGAAGAUGUUCUGGGAAAGGCUUUAGCAGGUAUUUCGUUAGGGCCAGUAGAUUUAGAGCCAACCUUAGGAGGACUUAUCGGUCGAACGGAAAAUGUCACUGAGCAGGACGUUGUUAGGGAACAGCAUGUCAUUCCUCCAUCCGUUAACGUUCCCUCUCCCCAGUGUCAGUCUUCUGUCAGUAAUAUCGUUUCGGCGAUUGAAAAUCCGCCAAAUUCAGUUUCCGCGCAGUCGAAUAAUGUCAAUCAAAUCAGUGCGAGCCAUGGAAGAGGCACAGUGACGGUACAAGAUCUACUCGGAGAAUCGUAUCCGCUACCGUUAAACAACCAAGUGUUUGUUCCUCGACAGUGUACAUUACCUGGUGUACAACAACCAUCGUCCGAUGAUCGUCGAGUUCAUUUGCAGCGUCCACCAAUUCACGCCAUCCAGACUCACGAUGGUGCUGGUCCUUCGCCAGUCCAACACUCAGGGUAUGUGGAAAAUGUGGACUUCGAACCGACGGCACGGCAACUAGCGGCAAGGCAUGUGAUGGCGAAGGAGCUGCCAACCUUUUCUGGAAAUCCGGAGGAUUGGCCGCUGUUUAUCAGCUCAUACAACAACUCUACGCGAGCAUGUGGUUUCUCAGACGCGGAAAACUUGGCGAGAUUGCAGCGAUGCUUGAAAGGGCAUGCUCUGGAAUCGGUGCGCAGCCGCCUCCUUCUACCUUCUAGCGUUCCACACGUCCUCGCUACGCUUGAAACGUUGUAUGGAAGGCCGGAAUUGCUUAUACAUUCACUGCUACAGAAGGUCAGAAACGUACCUGCACCGAAACAAGACCGACUCGAUACGCUGAUUGGCUUUGGCAUGGCCGUUCAAAACCUUAGUGACCACUUGGAAGCUGGUCGUCAGGAAGCACAUCUCAACAACCCGAUGUUAUUGUUUGAGCUGGUUGAAAAGCUUCCUGCACACAUGAAGUUAGAUUGGUCGCUUUACAAGCAGCGGUGCGCAGCAGUAAAUCUGCGAACGUUUUCGCAGUAUAUGCAGACGUUGGUGCGAGCAGCUACCGACGUGACACUGAACUAUGAUCCAACACAAUAUCAACAACGUACGCUGAAAGAUAAAAAAAGUUUCUGCGGCACUCACACGGCGAAGGAGGAUUCAGAAGCGGUCAUGGAAACGGAAUCAGCCCCAAAUGCAUCGUACCCAACCGGACCGACAUGCUACAUCUGCAAGAGUCCGGAGCACAGAGUGAAAGACUGCGAUGAGUUCGAACAGAAAACAGUGGAUGAUCGGUGGAGAAUCGUACAACAAAUCGGUUUAUGCCGCCUUUGCCUCGGGUCACAUGGUAGGAGACCUUGCAAGGUACGCAAGCAGUGCGGAAUAAAUGGAUGUCCGAGUCGGCAUCAUCCAAUGCUGCAUUCUACCCAGAAAUUCAGCAAUUCUAAGGCUGAAUCGAAUGAACCCAGACCAGGACCCUCAACAGAGAAGUCGACCGAGACCAAUGCUGCUACCAACCAUCAUUUCACCGGGAAGUCAACUCUCUUCCGUAUCAUUCCCGUUACGCUGUAUGGAAACAACCGAUCUGUAACAGAGUUUGCAUUCCUAGAUGAUGGAUCGGAGAAAACGCUAGUGGAUGAAGACGUAGUAAAAAAGCUAGGAGUAGUAGGAGAGCCGCAAGCAUUGUGUCUGCAGUGGACAUCAAAUGUAAAAAGGACGGAGCCCAACUCGCAACGCCUUACUCUAGAGAUCGCUGGAAACAACGGCGCCGGCAGACACACAUUGAAGGAUGUGCGCACUGUAAGUAAGCUGGAGCUACCACGACAGUCGUUGUGCUACGCAGAUUUAUCAGCAUCGUAUCCAUAUCUGGAAGGAUUGCCGAUAGAGGACUACAUGAAUGUCUUACCACGUAUACUGAUCGGGAAUGACAACGCACAUGUGACGUCUACCCUCAAAAUUCGUGAUGGCAGACCAGGAGAACCAAUCGCUGCCAAAUCGCGUCUAGGAUGGACGGUGUACGGUUCUAGCCAGGAUCGAACUGCGGAAACUAAGCACAGCUUUCACAUCUGCGAAUGCCAGGACGAUGACCAAUCAGUGCAUGAACUAGUUGAGCAGUUUUUUUCAGUUGAAAGCUUGGGUAUAAUGCAUGUGCCACGAGUAGAAUCUGAGGAAGAACAACGGGCAAAUCGGAUUCUGAAGGAAACUACUAAACGCAUCGGACAGCGGUUUCAAACUGGACUUCUGUGGAAAUACGAUUAUUUCGAAUUCCCAGAUAGUUACCCGAUGGCAGUUCGACGUCUACAGUGUUUGGAACGAAAGAUGCAGAGUGAUCCGGUUAUUGGAGACAGCGUGAAAAGGCAGAUCUCCGAAUACCAACAGAAAGGGUACAUUCACAGGGCAACCGUGGAAGAACUGAACGAGGCGGAUAUACGUCGUACGUGGUACUUGCCUUUAGGCGUUGUUAUAAACCCGAAAAAACCAUCGAAGAUCCGCAUCUUUUGUGACGCCGCGGCGAAAGUUGAUGGUACGUCUUUGAAUACAAUGUUACUAAAAGGACCAGAUUUUUUGAAAACACUGCUGGAAGUUCUGUUUGGGUUUCGAGAAAGGCGCGUUGCUCUGUGUGCGGACCUCAAGGAGAUGUUCCACCAAAUUCAAAUAAGGCCGGAAGAUCGACAUGCACAACGAUUACUUUGGCGAGAUGAUCCGGCUAAACAGCCCGAGGUUUAUUUGAUGGACGUCGCUACCUUUGGCGCAACGUGCUCUCCGUGUUCAGCACACUACGUCAAAAACCUGAAUGCGGAAGAGCAUUCAAACGAGUAUCCGGCUGCCGCUGAUGCUAUCAUUCGGAAGCAUUAUGUAGACGACUACCUCGAUAGUUCCGACAGUGUCGAAGAAGCAGUACAACUAGCAUUGCAGGUGAAACAUGUUCAUUCCCUUGGAGGUUUCCACCUGCGGAACUGGCUUUCCAAUUCGGAAGAAGUGCUCGCACGGAUCGGGGAAAAGGAAUCACAAUCAGGCAAACUACUUCAGCUAGAAAAGGGCAAAUCUACAGAGCGUGUUCUCGGAAUGUACUGGAAACCAGAGCCGGACGUGUUCACAUUCUCGACUUCAUUGGCUACUAGCGUCGAGCAUCCUACCAAGCGACAAGCUCUUCGUGUGGUGAUGAGUUUGUUUGAUCCAGCUGGGCUGUUAUGCUUCUUCCUGAUCCAUGGCAAAAUCUUAAUACAGGACUUGUGGCGAGCCAAAACUGAAUGGGACCAGCUGAUUCCCCAGGAAUUGUGCGAACGAUGGAUACGGUGGACAACUAUGUUCCAAAACUUGGAUCAGAUAAGUGUUUCGCGGUGCUAUUUCUCGCAGUAUUCGGUGAGAGACAUUGUGUCGCUUCAGUUGCACAUCUAUGUCGAUGCGAGCGAAGAAGCCUAUGCUUGUGUCGCUUACUGGCGCGCGGUGCUUCCUAACGGAAUUCAAGUCUCAUUGAUCGGAGGAAAAUCUAAAGUGGCUCCGCUGAAGGCGCUCUCCAUACCCAGGCUAGAGUUGAUGGCAGCGGUGAUCGGCGUACGCUUAAUGAAAACGAUAGUAAGUGGACACUCUCUGACGAUAGAGAAAACGAUAUUCUGGUGUGACUCCAAGACGGUGCUGGCAUGGAUAAAUUCGGACCAUAGAAAGUAUCGACAGUUCGUGGCAUGCCGUGUGGGAGAAAUCCUGUCCAAGUCCCGACCGGAACAAUGGAGAUGGAUAUCUACUAAGAAAAACGUUGCUGAUGAGGCUACCAAGUGGGGCAAAGGGCCCUGCUUUUCUCCAAAUAGCCGUUGGUUUCGAGGGGAAGAUGAUCUGUAUCUACCGGAAGAUCAGUGGGACAACGAUCGAGGACUAGUAAUCGACAAAACCAACGAAGAGCUAAGGAUUUGUAUGAUUCAUCGAGAAGCCAACACGGUGCCUUUCGUAAACUGGGAUCGAUUUUCAAAGUGGACUCGACUGUACCGAGCAGUUGCAUACGUUCAUCGCUAUGUGAACAACUUACGAUGUAGUGCAACCAGGAAAGAACGAACCAACGGGCUGCUUACGCAAGAGGAGUUGCACAAAGCAGAAGCAACCAUUUUUCGUUGGGUGCAAUGGGAAGAAUAUCCAGAUGAGGUUGUAGCUCUGACCAACGGACAUAAUAAGCAGCCUGGACUACAGUUUGCAUUGGAGAAAAACAGCAAGAUUCGGACUCUUUCGCCGUUUUUGGACGAGUUAGGUGUUAUGCGGUCCGAUAGCAGAAUCGCAGCGGCAAAGUUUGCUACAUUCGAUACGAGAUAUCCUCUAAUCUUGCCAAAGGAUCAUCGAGUGACCGAUUUAGUUCUCCAAUGGUAUCACCAAAUGUACCUUCACGCAAAUGGAGAAACUAUUGUGAACGAAGUCAGACAACGCUUCCAUAUUCCGCAGCUACGAACAAAAGUGCGAAGAGUAGGGAAAGAAUGUAAAAUGUGCAGAAUCAAGAAGCCAGUUCCAACAAUACCAAGAAUGGCUUCUCUUCCAGCAGCGAGGCUGCGGCCACAUGUUCGCUCGUUUUCAUUCGUUGGUAUCGAUUAUUUUGGACCAAUUGGAGUAAAGGUCAACAGAAGCGUAGUGAAGCGCUGGGUAGCUUUAUUUACAUGUAUGACCACCAGGGCCAUUCAUCUUGAGGUCGUCCACUCAUUGUCAACGCAGUCCUGCAAGUUGGCGAUCAGGCGUUUCAUUGGACGUAGAGGAACACCGGUCGAGAUUCGUAGCGAUAGGGGCACAAACUUCGUGGGAACGAGUAACGAUCUGAAGAAGGAAAUGGAACAAACGAAUAGCGAGCUCGCUUCAACAUUUACCAACGCUAAUACGAAGUGGAUAUUUAAUCCACCUGGAGCGCCCCACAUGGGGGGCGCAUGGGAACGGCUAGUGAGGUCCGUUAAAGCUGCUCUCGCUGCAAUGGAUACUCCUAAAACACCUAACGAAGAGACAUUCGCUACUAUACUUGUGGAGGCUGAAAGUAUAGUAAAUUCAAGACCCCUGACAUAUAUUCCACUGCAGUCGGCUGAACAGGAAGCUUUAACACCCAACCACUUCCUCCUGUUAAGUUCGAGUGGAGUGGUACAGGCACCCAAUAAUAUAGCAGAUCCGAAACAAGCAUGCAGGACCGAUUGGGAACAUUGCCGAAUUAUGGUGGAUCAGUUCUGGCGCCGCUGGGUGCGAGAAUAUCUCCCGACCAUCGCACGACGCACCAAGUGGUUCGAAGACGUGAAAGCUAUUGAAGUUGGGGAUUUGGUUAUGAUGGUGGAGGAGAAAACUCGCAAUGGGUGGAUUCGAGGUCGGGUAGCCGAGAUCAACGUAGGGAAGGAUGGCCGAGUUCGUGACGCCGUAGUACAAACCGCCAAUGGAUUGGUUCAUCGUCCGGUAUCUAGAAUAGCGCUAUUGGAUGUUGAAGAUAGUAAAGCCGGACCAGAUGGACCUCUGGCCAGCCUUACGGGUCGGGGAACUGUUGAUGUAACCGACUGAACCCCGUUUGGUCGACGUAACGGCCGAACCCGGCGAUAUCAAUAAAUGAUUUGCGUUGACAUAAGCCGAAUGAAAGAGGAAAGAGAAUUAGGGACUAUUGUUCGAUGAAGUGAUGAAUAUCAUAUUGGUUCCACGAGGAUAAGUUUAUAAACCAUUUCGUUAAAGUUAUAAUUUCUCUUUAUUAUACAAUAUUAUUCUGAGUGAGUACCGCUAGAGCUAAAUUAGAAAAUGGAAUUGUACUUAUUUUUGUCGAUAUUGAAUUACAGCUCGCGGUGGUCGCUGAUAAUCGUACAUUCGUAGGGUACUUGAAUCGAUAGUUGACACCUACAAGUAAAUAUGAAAAACCCUUGAAAUUGUUUGAACUAAUGUAUAGUUUAUUACAGUCAGAUCGAGCCUAUUGAUGAGUUAUUGUUGGGAAAUAAGGAAUUAAUUUGGAGUGAGGAUAGACCAAUGUAAGCGCAAUCAAUGUAAGUUUCAAUGACUUGUACU